CAUUUUGAGAAUCAUGCAAAUGCAUCUGCACAUGCACUUAUCCUCAUCUUUUUCUCAGCACUCACACCCUUAUGAAGGACAUGCCCUUCUUUCUCCUCAAGAACUCCUUAGGAGCCAAGAUGAAGAAAGGCAUCAAAACUUUUUGCAACAACAACGGUUCAACCUCCACUCUCAACCAACAAAAUAGCACCGUUGGCAGCAACAACAGCCACAGCCAUGGUGACUUCACCAGCAAGGUAAGCACCCCUUCAAAGCAAAACUCUCCAACACUAGAAGAUUUGAUACUACAACUAGAACUAGAGGAAGAAAUGGCUAGAAAGGCUAAGCUUAAUGAAUAUAAAGGCAUAAAGGGUAGGAUGUCAUGUGUGAACAACUCUGAUAUAUUGAGAUCUGCAAGGAAUGCCUUGAAUCAAUACCCUCGGUUUUCACUUGAUGGUAGGGAUGCUAUGUACCGUUCUUCUUUUGGGAACAUUGAAGGAAGAAGAUCAGUUUGCAGUGAGAGAAGUUUCAUAGAAGAGAAUGAUAUUGAAAAGGGUAUGAUGUGUUUGCCACCAACACUAGCUGGAGAGAGUGUGGUGUGGCGCAAACCUGGGGUUGUGGCAAAGUUGAUGGGUUUGGAAGCUAUGCCAGUGCCUAUAAGUAGCAAAAGAUGUGACAACAAAGAGAAACUAAGUACUGUUGUUAGGAGGCAGAAUCUAAGGAGAAGAUUUGAGAGGCAUGACUUGGAGAGAAGAGUAGCAAUGGAGAGGCAUGACUUGGAAAGAAGAGUAGCAAUGGAGCUGCAUGACAUUAGAAGACUCAAUAAGCCUAGUUGUUGUUCUAAAAAUGGGUAUUGUAUUAUGAAACCCGUUGCUCUAGAAGCUAUGGCUGGGGGUCCUGGAAGUUGGCAACCCCGGAGAUAUGUUUAG